AUCCCUGUAAUCGAUGGAGACUUUGUACGCUUGGUGUGUGUGUGUCUUUCUCUCUUGUGGUGGUGGGACUUAUGGGUGUCUUUCCUCUGAGCCGCUCCACCUGUUACACAGUGAGGUGUUAAUUUACCUGAAACAGGGCAGAUUUCAGGCUUUACGGCCUACUGCAUACGUGUGUUUGUGUGUGUGUGUGUGUGUGUGUGUGUCCUUUCACAUCCUUUACGUCACAGCUGCUGUGAGUCAGCGCCUCUCUUCCUUUCCUGAGUCACUCAUCCAGCGGUUGCUUGGUUACUGCAGAGCGGUAAAAGUUUCCUAUUGCGUCUUUGUCUCCGCGGAUGGAUGGGCGCCGAUAUUUAUUCAGGCUCAGGAGUGAGUGGCCAAAUAAUGUAUGUGUUUGUGCGUGCACCGUUUCAUCCAACGGACAAAAGGCUGACAAAUCAGUUUCAGUACAUCCUGUUGUUAACACUGGAGGGGCUGUCUGCGCACUGCAGCUGACCUCCUGAAAUCUUAAAAGAGCGAAAUGGAAUUAUAUUAGUCUGUAAGAGGAGAUUAUCUUUAGACAAAGCUGACAUGUUAUCUUGGGUUAAAGUGGACCAUCCCCCCCCCCCCCCCCAACUACAAUUUGGCCGGGCAGUGACUCUAAACAUGUAAUUUACUGUCAGUGUUGGGCAUAAUCCUUAAAAAUAUGUCUCCAACACUGUUGACUAAUGCCAUGCCACUAUACUUAUUUGGCUAUAUGCCACUUGCAAUAAUGGAUUACUGACCCCGUGGGGGGUGCUUCACCAAAAUGUCACUCAGAGAGACACAUACCAGCCAGUAAGAGACUCAAAAUGACCAAUUAAGAAACAUAAAACAUCUUCAAAGAGACAUAAAAGAACUACAAAGAGAUGCAAAUAGACUCAAAGCGGCCAUGGAAAAGGGAAAAACAACCACACAGAGACACGAAGUGAACAAAAAACGUUUACUUUGACAUCUUAUGUGUAAUUUAUUGGAUCACUGAAAACGGUGUUAUUUCUUUACACAAUACAAGUCUCAAUGAGUCGUUGUGCAUCAUUCACGCAGGAAUGAAGAGCUCCGGCUGCUGAUCUCCUCAGGUCACAUGAUCCGGGCCGAUGAAGAGCUGCAGGCGAUCACCUGCAUCCUCGAUCAAAGAGGAAGUGCGGCCCCAGAGUUAUGGAGGACCAGUGACAGCAGAUCCAGCUCGGUAACGCGGUCCCCCGCUCUUCUCUGCCUCCCCUCGACAUCGUCGUCGUCUGCCGGAGGAGCCCGCGCGUCGUCCAGCCCUCAAUUCUUUAGCUUCUUCGCUCCCAGAGCGUCCAAAGGAGGCCCAAUGGACCAGACUUAUUCUAAACAUGCAGGACAUUUUCAGUUUGAUCAAGAAGGACUCGAACAUGGUGACCCAGCAGGACAGUUUCACACUGAAUCAGCACAACAGCUUUAUAAUCUUCUGUGAUGAGGACGUACCACUACCACGUUUUGGUGGCAUACACGCUGAGGCUUGUGGGACGUCCAAAGGGGAUACUGGUUGGCAUAACAACAUGUUAAGUGACGGCCCCAACACCAACGACUCUAACGGGAAUCAACACGAAGCGGUGAACAGAGACCAUUUUAACAACCUUAAAAGCCUGAAAUCCUGUCGAAUCUACGGCGCUCCGGGGGUUUUGUCUCAGAGGGACUUUAAUAAGAGGAGGAGCGUGACCUUUGAUGAUGAUGUCAUCGUCUACCUGUUCGAUCAGGGGAGUCCCACCAUGGAGCUGCACAGUGAGGCCUGCUCAUCUCCGCCAGAUGUCACUUUAGAAGACAGUGGCUUGGAGUGGGAAGACGACUUCUCAGCUUUGGAGAAGAACUGCCAUUUUCAGUGUGUCAGACACUCUCCGCAGCGCAGCCUUUCCCUGCCAACACGAAGCACCGCUGCUCUGUCCCGCCGCUUCUUUCUCUCCCAAACCUGUCUGUUCCUCACCCAUGUCACCGAGUCAGACCUUGAGCUGUGAGAUAAAAGGUUAUUCACACACACAUAUUGAGUUGUAGGUGCUGAUUUCUAUGACACGGUGGUGGUCAAAUGGAGCCUUUUCGUGUGCCGUCAGCCAAAGGCCAGCUCACUGUCACCAUGGCCUAAUGUGACAUCCACACUUGUUUUUCUUUCAGACAGCCAGCCUUGGCCUAAUGGAAAAAGUGACUAAUCGUCCUCUUCACCUUCUCCCUCCUCUUUUAUGAUGAGUCAGGGGAUUUUAAUGGCUUUUUUUUCUCUCUCGGCUCCAAAUGGAUUCAAAGCACCUGGCGUUCAUGACAUCACAGCCACGCAGGACUGUGUGACGGUGCAUUCAGCUUUCACAGUUGUUAGUAUGACAAGAUCACAGGCUGUGAUGUGAGAAAAGAACACAUAACGUAGCAGUGCUGGUACUUUUCCAGCUGCAGACGUCUUUGAAAGCUGUGUUCAAUCAAUUUAAUUUAAUAAAUUGUGACUGAAAUCUCAUUUGAAUUGUUGUAUUUCAACAAAUUCCAGGUUAAUCUGGGAAUACAAGGAGUAUACGUUGUUUAUUUAUAUAGUUUGUUUUUGUUAAACAGAGCAUGCUUGUGGAGGCCCUGUUUGCUUGCCUCAUUACUAAAGUGUAUUCAGCUCAGAAUUUAUCAGCGGCUGUGGCUGAAUAAACAGUGUAAGCCUUAGGGCCAAUGGAGCCAGAAACUGAACAAACUAAAAGUAACAGAUAGUGUUUCCACAGAGCCAGCAUCAGCAAGGUUUGGUUGAUUAGAUACAGUGUACCUGAGGAGGAAACAGUGAACCUGGCAGGACCAGGUUUUUAUUAUUCACACACACACACACACACACACACACACACACACACACACACACACACACACACACACACACACACACACAGUUCAAGGACACCAACAGUGUUUGGCUCAACGAGCUGGGAGCGUCACACCUGCAUUAUUGUUGUGGUUACAUGUUUGUGAUAUUCUCCCAUAAUUUAGCUAAAAGUCAAAUUAUAAUGUUGUUCUUUGAAUUUAAACCACAUACUGCUCGGUAAUGUCCUAUUUUUAACUGUAGGCUACCAUGAAGUUUGUUUUUGUUGUCCAAAUGUGCUAUUACAGGUUUUCCUUCAAGCUAACGUGCCACUUAGCUUUAACAUUGUUGCAUUAAAGAGGAAAGCAUUUUUUAUUAUUUGGGAAUACUUUCUUUUUUGGAAGAAACUGAGCAACAAAAAAUAUGAAUUCUUUAACAUGUUUCUCUAAUAAAUGCAUUAAAUAUUUUGCUUACU